AUGGGAAGUUGGACAGAGAGCUUGUUCGACACAGGUAAACUGAACAACGGGAUCUUCCACCUUGAGGUCAUCAGCGAGCGACAGUCCCAGAAGCUGACGCUCGAUCUCAAUGGUGUCGAUCUUGGCAAAAAACUCCUCCCGGAUGUUGUCCCGCGCAAGUUUUCUCAAGAAUUGUCUCUUGCUCUGAAUAGUUCUCUCCAGCUUGUCAUGUUGGGCGUGCAGAGGCACCCAAUCAUCAACCCCCGGGACCCCCAACAAAAAUUUUCAGGAAGUAACUGCCGUUAUCAUUAUCAGAAUACAGAUGGGGUUAAUAUGUCGCGGGUGCGAAAAGGUGGGCGCGGCGCGCUAGUCCGUAAUAGGAAACCUAGUCAGCCGAAUCUAUCUAGGUGGGUUGGGGCACGUGAUCCCGGGUGGGUGCUGUAA